CAGAAGACACACACUCGAUAAAGUGACAGCAAACAUACUGCAGAAUGCAAGAAUGGCUCCCACUGUCUGCAAACUGACUCAGACUGGACAAGAAAAAACUAAAGUGAGGAAACCAGUGGUGGAAAAGAUGCGCAGAGAUCGUAUUAACAGAUGCAUCGAACAGCUUAAGGUUCUCCUGAAAGCCGAGAUAAAAGCCAGCCAGCCCUGUGCUAAACUAGAGAAGGCUGAUGUUCUGGAAAUGGCUGUGUUUUACCUGAAGAGCAACACCUGUCCGAGCGUGCAUGCGCAGAGCUACACGCACGGGUUCUCCAGGUGUACAGAGGAGACCGGGAGAUUUAUGGUGCAACAGAACGCCAAGCCAGUUUUAAAGGGACAGUGUGACACAACACAGCGAGCCAGAGUAAGCGUGGAAGACAGCUGUCAGAUCACAUCAAAGAGCAGCGGAGAACAUGUGCUCUGGAGACCCUGGUGAUCUACAGAGAACAGACUGUUUCUCAAAAUAAGUCAAACACUUUGUUUUUAUAAAACGUGGAUGUAGACAGCAGCUGUCACGACGCAGAGAAUGUACCAGUCUACCCCAUACCUGAGUCUGAGAGCACGCAUCUAUUGCUUUACUUCACCUGUGUGGAGAUGAACUUCAUUUACAUAUUGUAAACAUGAGGACUACGACUCCUCAGUAGGUUUCUGUUGAAAAUGAGCUUUUUAAUGAGGUCUGUAACCUUUAGAGGUGUUAAAUGCAUCAUACUGAUGACAGUCUCAAAAAUAAACUAAAGUUACACACA